AAAUUUAAAAUUGGUAAUUUAUAUUGCUAGCUUGAUUUUUAUAUUAACUAUAUUUUAAGAUUAUAAAUGUUUUCAAAAACUAAGAGAUUCGGCGAAUCUUUAAUCACUUUUGAAUUUGCAAAUAAAAAAAAGAUUUCUUUACCUCCCUCUUCUCAACGAGUGUCAAAGUCUCCUUAAAAAGAUUAGUUUUCACUUAAUUUAUAGCAAGAUCUAUAAUAAUAAAGAGAAUCUAAGAGAAGCAACUACACGAAGCAACCACAAAGUCCAUAUAGUUAAAGAUUAUCAAAGAGUCCAACUUUAAAAUCUUCAUGCAAAAGAAUUAAUGAAGAAGAUAUUGAGGCAAAAUAUUCAACAAAUAAAAAUAGAAUUAGCAUAAAUAGUGUCUAAAUAAAUAUGAAUUCUUCUGCUAUUUCUGCAAAGAAAGAAAAAAACUAAACAGAUUAUAUUAAUUAUGAAAACUAACAUAUAUAUUCAUCUGGGUUAAAGCCAAAUAAUUUCACAAGUAGAGACAAUUCUUUGAUUAUAAAAAAAAACUUGGAAGGUUAAAGAAAUAUUUUAGUUGAUUAAAAUCUUUAAGAAGGUGAAAAAAAACUAUUUUAAGAAGAAAAUAUAUCUUAAAAUGGUCAAAAUUAUGAAGGUCGAAAUAAUUAAAAAUAGAAUGAAGAAAAAUCUUUAAAUAGGCUCUCUUAAAAUAGAAAGAACGAAACUUCAGUAGAUAACCCAUUUAAUAAAUUAACAAAUGAUGACUUUUUUUAGAACAAAGAAAAUAUUUUUUAUGAAUAAGAAGAAGAGGGUUCACUCUAGCAAAAAGAAAUUUAAAAACAUAAUAAAACUUUAAAGAAAUUUAAAGAUUUAAGAUAUAAGUAAAAGUUUUAAAGAUAAUCGUUUUUAGACUCAACUUAAGAUCAGGAUUAGCUAUAUUAAACACUAAUAGAAAGUUUGGGAUAACAUGAUAAUUAAUCUUCAAAAGAUUUAAAAAGUAUCUUCGAAAAGGAGAAAUUAAAUACAACUAAAACGGAGUCAUAAAAUGAUACAAAAUAAUAAAUAAAUAAAGCUAUAAUUAACCAAUAAGAUCAAGGAGAAUUUAGUAUAAUAAAUAUCCCAUUUAAAUAAAAAAAAGAUGAAACAAUUAAUUCAAAGUAGUAAAAAAAUUAAUUAUUACAAGAUUUAACUAUUUGUAUUGACUACUAAAACUAUUCCAAACUACCAAAUGAUCAAUCUAAUAUUUAAAAUACAUAUAAUGAUUAUCAAAAAAAUUUUUAGACAAAUAAUGAAGAUAAUCUAACUAUUUUGCAGUAAAAGCUGUAAGAAUAGAAAAGCAAAAUAAUUAAUCUUGAAGAAUUAGUUGAAUAAAAAGAUGAAAAAAUUAAAAAUUUAGAAAAGGAAAUAUUUUAGUUAAAGACAUAUUAUGAAUGUAAAGACAAGCACUAAUAAAAUUAUUUAAAUAACUGUUUAACAAAUUAUUUAUAACUGUAAGCAGACUAUGAGAAUCUUAAAUAGUCGUGUGAUUAGAAUUUAAACGCCUAGUAAGCUUAUUUAAUUUAAAGAUAAGAGUAAGAACAACAACUAAAGCUGAUAUAGGAACUUAAAAGGCAAGUUAUAGAGAGUGAGAAAAUUGUAGAACAACAACAUGAGCAGAUAAUUUAAUUUAGAGGAAAUUUAAGAAUAUUUUGUAGAAUCAAACCAGUUUUAGAUUAUGAAGCUGAAAUAAAAUAUAGAGAGCAAAUUCAGAGCUCACUAACAAUUUAAAUUAACUAAAGACAUAAACAAGUAAUAGAAUUAAGGCAAGAUGAGAAUGCUAAAUUCUUUUUUGAUUCUGUUUUUGAUAUGAACAGUACACAAGAAGAUGUUUUUAAUUAAACACAGCCAUUUAUUUAAUGUGCUCUUAAUGGUGAUUAAAUAGCUAUUAUUGCUUAUGGACAAACAGGAAGUGGAAAGACUUAUACAAUGGAAGGAGUUUAUGAUAAAGAAAAUGUUGCAAUAAAUAGCUAAAGUGGAAUUUUACCAAGGACUGCUGCUUAUUUGUUCAAAGAAAAAGAGAGAGUGCAUAUUCAUAGAAAUUUGGUGUUUUCAGUAGGAGUUAUUGAAGUUUACUGCGAAGAGUUAAGAGACUUGCUAUAAACUGAUGAAAAAAUUUAACAAAAAUUGGAGAUACUUUAACUAAAUAAGAGGAUAAAAGUAGUUAAUUAAGUAUUUUAGGUAGUAAAAAAUGCAGAGGAACUCUUAAGUCUCAUAAAAAAAUCUUCAAUGAAUAGAAUUACAGAUAAAACAGCUUAAAAUAAUAGGUCUUCUAGAUCACACUGCAUAUAUUAAAUAAAAAUAUUUGAAAAUGAUCAAGAAAAAGGAGGUAUAAAUAUUGUUGAUCUAGCAGGCUCUGAAAGUUUUUAAGCAACCUCUAAUAAAAGAGAAUCGUCUUUUAUAAAUAAGAGUUUGACUACUCUUAAAAGAAUUAUAACUAUGCUCAGUGACAGAUAAUUUUUGGUAUAAUCAAAGAUACCCUACAGAGAAAGUAAAUUAACUCGUCUUUUAUAAGACAGUUUAGGUGGAAACUCUAAAACCUUGGUUUUUGUGACAGUAUGUCCCUUAGAAGAAAAUUUUGUUUAAACAAAAGAAAGUCUUAAAUUUAUAUCAAAGGCUACAUUUUGA